CAGUAGUGAAGAAGGUCAGAUUCCCUCUCUGAAACCUAAGAUUUUAUUACUGUUUUCUUCUGGUAUUCAAAUCAGUAAUCAGCUUAGGCUUCAAUGAUAAAUAAGUAGAGGCAUCUCCAUCUAACCUCACCGUGCCAAAUUCCAUAUCUGCAAGUAUAUAACCAGUCUUCUUCUUUGCUGCCCUGUCAAAUGGGUGGCAACUCGCCUUGUGCUUCUUGCAAGCUUCUCCGGAGGCGAUGCACCAAGGACUGCAUCUUUGCUCCUUUCUUCCCUUCCGAUGAACCCCACAAGUUUGCCAUGGUCCACAAGGUGUUUGGCGCAAGCAACGUUAGCAAAAUGCUGCAGGAGCUUCCGCUACACCAAAGAGCGGACGCAGUGAGCAGCCUCGUGUACGAAGCGAACGCAAGGAUGAGGGAUCCGGUGUACGGCUGCGUCGGGGCCAUCUCCUACCUGCAGAACCAGGUGUCCCAGCUCCAGAUGCAACUCGCGGUGGCGCAGGCGGAGAUCCUGUGCAUUCAGAUGCAGCAGGAGCCGGCCUUGCCUGAGCCGCAGAUGGACGCCGACGACAAGUCCUUCGUCGUGCACAACGAGCUCAGCAGCAUGGCUCAGUUCAUGAACCAUCCAUCCACCAGCAAUGUACCCCAGGAGGCUCUCAAGAGAGAGUAUCCAUGGACAUGAAACCUUUGUUUCUGUUCUGUUAAUGGAAUCUAGACGGUGCCUCGGCCGUAAGCAGAUGAGACAUGGAGUAGCAUCUUUUGUCUUGUUUGCUACAGAGAUUAACAA